GUAACUUAAAUAGUGUAUUUAUUCAUAGAAACAACCCAUUAUUUACUAAAAUAAUAUCUCGUAACUAUCCAAAAUAUAAUAAUAGUCUGACACCAUUAUAGAAAAAACGUAUGGUAUUCCAGAAAUAUAUUGCUGAGCGCCCGACAGGUGCAUCUACAGUUUAAUCUUCACAUACAGACAACGUUGUAAAGUUGUAAAACGAAGUUGUAGUAGUGUUGCGAUAUGUGAUCUUGUUCAUGAUUGACUUAUUCAAAAAUCGCUAUAUCGUGCAUGAACCCGACAUAAGUGUUUAUGGGCGGAGGCAUAUUUCUCAACUUGUGUGAACGUUUAUUUAUCGAAAAUCUGUUUGUGUAUCGUGUUGUUGUCAUGACAAGCUGUGUCUCCCAGGAAUGAUCAUAUACGUCACCCAAAAAAAUCAGCUGAGAUUCUAGGAGGCCACGAGAAAGCCAAAACAAAAAACUACGAAAAUCAUGGCCAAAAUAGAUUGAAGCGCACGGAAGAUGACUCAAGCAAGCAGCGGUUUUUUAUUAGAUCCAUCGGACAUGCCAGAGGCCGAGUCUUCGGGCUCCUUGGAGCAUGUCAAACCCAAAAAAUUCUCCUCUGGAUCCUUGGGCGGUGGAGACGCUAGUAGACCCAAAGUAGUAACAGUGAAACACCCGGAAUCCAACAAAUUGAAACCAACAACAAAGAAAAACAAGCAACCUAUCCAAGCCAACCUAGAUAUAUCCAAGGAAUUUCUAAGAUGUCGAGAUGAAGGUCUGAAAAGAUUGGAUCUUAGCAAGUCUAAUAUAACUACACUACCACCUACAAUUCGAGACUUACAUCAUUUAGCAGAAUUAUAUCUAUAUGGUAACAAGCUGAUAUCCCUCCCUCCUGAAAUAGGUUGCCUUACUAACUUACAAACUCUAGCAUUGAGUGAGAAUUCACUCACAAGCCUUCCAGAUUCUUUAGAGAAUCUUCACUCACUGAAGGUUCUUGAUCUAAGACACAACAAGUUGAAUGAUAUACCAGAAGUGGUGUACAAACUAACUACGCUCACAACACUAUUUUUGAGGUUUAAUCGGAUAAAGUAUGUAAGUGAUGAAAUCAGAAAUUUAACUUCCCUGAUGAUGCUCAGUCUAAGGGAGAAUAAAAUAAAAGAGUUACCACCAGGAAUAGGCCAGUUAGUAAACCUUUUGACAUUUGAUGUUUCCCACAAUCACUUGGAACAUCUUCCUGAAGAGAUUGGACAAUGUGUGAAUCUAUCUACUCUUGAUUUACAACAUAAUGAACUGUUAGAUAUACCAGAUUCUAUUGGGCAGUUGCAACAAUUGACGAGAUUAGGCUUAAGGUAUAACAGGCUGUCUCAUAUUCCUCCGAGUUUGAGUAACUGCAAGCAUAUGGAUGAGUUCAAUGUAGAAGGCAAUGCUAUCUCCCAGUUACCAGAAGGACUACUUUCUAGUUUGAGUGAACUAACUAGCAUAACUUUAUCAAGGAACAAUUUUUCCGCAUAUCCUUCAGGAGGGCCAUCGCAGUUCACUAAUGUUGACUCACUGAAUUUAGAACAUAACCAAAUUGACAAGAUUCCUUAUGGGAUCUUCUCCAGAGCCAAGCAUCUGACAAAGUUGAAUAUGAAGGAAAAUCAGUUAACAGCUUUGCCUCUAGAUGUUGGUACUUGGGUGAGCAUGGUCGAGCUAAAUUUAGGGACAAAUCAACUCAGCAAGCUGCCAGAUGAUAUACAGUGCUUACAAACUUUAGAGGUGUUGGUGUUAUCAAACAAUUUACUCCGCCGCAUUCCACCCAGUAUUGGCAACCUACGCAAACUGCGAGUCUUAGACCUGGAAGAGAACCGUUUGGAGCAACUUCCAAACGAAAUCGGCUACCUGAAAGACUUACAAAGACUCAUUGUUCAGUCCAACCAGCUCACAUGCUUGCCCAGAGCGAUUGGACAUUUGACGAACCUCGUCUACCUGAGCGUUGGAGAAAACAACCUUGCUUUUCUGCCCGAGGAAAUCGGGACGCUAGAAAACCUGGAGUCGUUGUAUAUAAACGACAACCCGACAUUACAUAAUCUUCCUUUUGAGUUAGCCCUCUGCUCAAAUCUUCAAAUCAUGAGUAUCGAAAAUUGCCCUUUAUCUCAAAUACCGCAGGAGAUUGUUGCAGGGGGGCCUUCGUUGGUUAUACAAUACUUGAAGUUGCAAGGACCUUAUAGAGCCAUGUGAUGACGUCAAACUUUUUGUAUUUUAUUGUUUUUUACUUGCGGUGGAGGGAGUGUUGGUAAUACCGAAAAAUCCUCCACAACCAUGGCAAGCGGCACUUAUGGCAAGAUACAUUAUUCAUAAUACAGAUUGGGUGGCACUUGCAACAAUUUCCACUCAAGAAAAAAUUAAGGGAUACCCAUUUGUUGGUCUGAAAUCUUCGAGUGAUGGACCUAUGACUAAAUCCACUGGUGUCACUUAUCUUUACAUGACGAGCAUGGAUGUUUCCGGAAAAGAUGUCGAGAGCGAUAACCGUGUAACAAUAAUGGCAACCUUAGCGGAGACACGAUACUGCGAAAGUAAAAGCUUCGACCCCCAAGAUCCUAGAUGUGCCAAGGUGAUAAGCACUGGUAGACUGGUGAAUGUUCCCAAAGAUACCGAUGAGUAUAGAUUUGGCAAAGAUGCCCUUUUUGCGAGGCAUCCAUCAAUGAAGCAGUGGCCAACAGAUCACGAUUUCUACGUGGCAAAGGUAAACUUUGAUCAAAUUGAUGUGCUUGACUAUUUUGGUGGAAUAAAACAUGUCAACAUCAGUGAUUACUUCAAUGCUAACAUUACCAACUUAAUAAAUCAAGAUGUUAAAUUUAGUUCAGUUUCAGUUAUAGAAAUUGAAAACUACUGAUUACUUAUUUGUCAAACAUAUUCAUCAUAUUAAUGAAAAAGCCAUCUCAUUAUUGUACAUAGAUACUGAAACGGAAUUUUUCUUUGUAAUAACUUUGUUAAUAAAUUGUUUUUGUUGUUCUUAUA